UUAUAGUCAGGCAUUCGCUAUAGGCAGCCCCAGAGCUCUGCGCCGGGUCCUGAAACGCGGGGUCCUUUGGCGAGGGCCCGCCCCCUCGAGUCUUUCCAUGGCGCGGUCGCUGCGGGAAUACCGGCUUCAAGAGGUCGGUUUGAGGGGCGACAUGUACUACAAGUUCAGCUCCUUCACCCAGAAGCUGGCUGGGUCCUGGGCUUCGGCCGCCUACAGCCCGCAGGGUUUAAAGCCUGUGGCAUCCUCAGAAGCACCACCUAUUAUAUUUGCCACACCAACGAAAUUUGCCUCAGAACCAGCUCCAUAUGACUAUGCUGGGAAAAACAAAGUUCCUGAGCUGCAGAAAUUUUUUCAGAAAUCCGAUGGUUUACCUGUGCACUUGAAACACGGUCUGCCUGACCAAAUGCUCUAUCGGACCACCUUGGCUUUGACACUGGGAGGGACCAUCUACUGCUUGAUAGCUCUCUACAUGGCUUCACAACCCAGAAAUAAAUAACAUGGGGUUCAUGAAACUGAUUUAUUCAUUAACAAGAGUUUGGGCAUACAACCCUUUGAAUUGUCUGUUUUCCUAAUUGCCAGUGAAUUUUCUGACCUGUGUAAGUUUAUGUUGUUCUUCAGAUUAGGAUUAGAAGACUUAUCAAUAAGGAGACAUUUUGAUUGGUUCGUUUUUGAAAAUAAGUAGAUUAUCAGAAGAGUUGGCUAUUAUUUAAGCCAAGGUGAUGAUGCCCUUCUAAUUUGGGCUCCCUUAUUUCUCCCGAGCUUGGCAGGCCAGCUCAUCACUGUGAUGAGGCCACCAGGGAUUUCUGGUUGGGCCCAUCAGAGGGAGGAGGGGAUUCAUUGAAGCUGCACCAGUGACAGGAAGUCCUUGAAGUUCCUGGUGCCAAAAAUCUGUUCUUUCUGACACCACAAAUUUCACUGGGAAUUAAUUAGCUGUUAAUUUGGGGAAUUUUUCCAUCUUGCAGCAUGGUGUUAAUAGAAAUUAUUUUCUGUUGACUAUCCAUAUACCCGUAACUUUGUCAUAUAGUUUCACAAGGGAAAUAUGCCUGAUCUCUGACCUCUUUAAAUAUUCCAGAGAUGAAGAUUCUGUAUGUAUUCCACCAUGGGAACAGAACAGCUCUUAAUAAAAGUUUUGCACUUUGGACUGGACUGUUGUACAGUACCUCCCUGCUGGCGUGUCUCCUUUACUCUUGUUAGAUGCUAUAGCUUUAAGGUAUAAUUUCUUUUUGCUUGUGGAAUAAACACAUGAAUGAGAA